AUGGGACAUGAAAUGACGCACGCCUUUGAUGAUGAAGGAAGCCAGCAUGACGCUUAUGGUAAUCUGCACGAUUGGUGGGAUAAGGAUGUGAAAAAGAAGUUCAAAAAACGCGCCCAAUGCUUUGUCGACCAAUACGAAAACAUUGAGGUAGCGGGAACCAACCUCAGCAUCAACGGUAAACUCACUCAGGCAGAAAACAUAGCAGACAAUGGUGGAGUUAAACAAGCCUACAAGGCGUACAAAACUUAUCUGAAAAGGCAUGGUGGAAAAGAACCAAGGCUCAAAGGUCUGGAAAAAUAUAACAACGAUCAAAUGUUUUUCUUGGGAUAUGCUCAGGUAACGUUUACUAGGAAUGGGUCAUGACU